AUGUGGCUAUUUCCUUGGAAAUGUGCCACAUACGUGUUAUCAAUAUACAAGUUACUAUUCAUCUCAAAACAUCUCUGUGGGUUUUAUCCAGUCUCUGCGGUUUUGGCAGAUGAUCACAUUAUGGGAGUCAUCAAACCUGGAGAACAUGGCUCUACAUUUGGCGGGAACCUGUUAGGUUGUGCUGUGGCAAUCACUGCGUUGGAUGUAUUGAUUGAAGAAAACUUGUGCGAGAGGGCCAAGGAAAUGGGGAAACUGAUGAGAAGUGGUUUAUUAAAAAGGGGGGCUUGGGAGCUUUGUCUGUUGAUGAAAUCACGAGGUGUUCUGGCCAAGUCGACCAAUUCAAAUAUCAUACGGUUGACUCCCCCUUUGACAAUUGGACCCAAUGAAGUCAAACAAGUUGUUAAGGUUAUUGGGGAGUUUCUUCAAGAUUUGGACCAGGGAAACUGCUUAGCCCAAUUCAAUUCUACUUUCCUGGCUUGUACCACCUGUUGCAGGCUUUUUGCGCAGCGUAGUGGGCCCUUUUUUGCGGCUCACACGCGUAGCGUUAGCGGUGUCGUGGCGGAAUUCCGCUACGCUGCGCUAAUCGCUAACAGCGAUUCUGCUGCAUUACGCUACACUAACCGCUACGGUUCAUUCAUAGGGAUGUACAAUUUUAUAUUGGAGCUUCAAAAUUUGUAG